CAAUUCCAGAACCUAAUUUGCGUUUUCGCCAUCACUGAGUGUGUUAGUGCGAUCUGUGUCACGAAUUGUGUGAGGGGUAGUGUGUUUUUUGCUCUGAUAUUUCGCAGUUUUCGUGGCUUCAGAAGUAGACAAUGAAUUCCGAGGGUCUUCAGAAGAGGAGCAGGGACACAUCCGAGUUCGUGCAUGAUAAUGAUCCUACACAACAGAAGUAUGUGGCUAAAGCAUACCGGAAAACUACAGAGGUGGCGAAGAAGCCUGGAGUGCCGUCUCUGAUCGUGGCAUGUGCGCUGCCGCUCGCGGCUGGAUUUCUUGUUUCCAUGUUCGCUUCACCUGACCAGUGGUACAAGAACUUGAACAAGCCAUCAUGGACACCCCCAGGCCCACUCUUCGGCUUGAUCUGGACAUUUAUUUACCCUGUCAUGGGCUUAGCAUCGUGGUUAGUGUGGGCUGACGGAGGUUUUCAGAGGAACGGUUUCGCUCUCGGUGCUUACUUUGUGCAACUUGGCUUAAACCUCUUGUGGUCGGUGCUUUUUUUCAAGUUCCACAGCGUCACUCUUGCGUUUGUUGACAUCUUAGCACUCGGCGCUGCUGUGUUUACCACCAUCGGUGCCUUCCAGCCUGUCAACCACAUUGCCGCUAAUCUGAUGAAGAUCUACUUCGGCUGGGUGGUGUUUGCUUCGGUCUUGACCGCCUCCAUCUUGAUGAAGAAUAGUCGUGGUGGUCAUUAGGCGUAGAGAGUGGACCGGUUUUGACGGCUGCCAAGCUCAGUUCUAUGAGUACUGCUUGUCUUUUUGAAUUUUUGAUCUUUUGUACACUACAGUUUUCCUGAAGAACGACAUAGAUGCUUCUGGGGACCAUAAUAACUGACGAAUCCUGCUGCGAGCUGGUUAUGGUGUUUUUCAUUUGUCGAAUAGAGGAGAAUUCCAUCGCUAUUGGAAUGUGAAUAUGAUAGAGAAUUUUGUUCCCGUAGUGGAGUAUGCUGCAAUCCUUUCCUUACAUUUGUAAAGUCUAGCUUGCGUUCAACACGCAAUGGAACUAUAUAAAAUCACAACCUUCUAUGUA